GACCAGUAUUAAUCUGUUCUAGGUUGCCGAGAGCUUGAAUGACAUGGCUUGUGAUAUCUUCAGAACUGAUGAUGUUAGGAGGCUGUUGAAGAGGAGAGGGGUUCUUUUUAUAGGAGAUUCAAAUACUCGAUGUCUAUACAAGGAUCUGAUUCAGUUGAUUCAUGCCAAUGACAUCACAUCACCAUCUGUUUUUCGUAGUGGGGGUGUCAACAAAUCCUUUAUGGGAGAUAUGGUCAUCAAGAUAACUGACAGAUCAUAUGGAAGAGAUUAUAUUGAAAUUCGUGAAUUCCAGAAAGACAACAUCUUUUUGAAAUACAUAUUUGUGACAAGAGCUUAUUGUAAAAAUGUAAUUCAAGAGCUCAAAGAUAUCCGAGAGGGAAACAAGGUGGCACCAAAAAUCAUCUUAAUGAACUCCUUUUUAUGGGAUUUGACAAGGUGGGGUCCUUUGAAAGAGGAUCAGUACAAAGAAGAUAUGGUGAAGUUGUUCAAGGACUUGAAGCGAAGUUUGCCUUCUGACACCUUGGUAAUGUGGCUUUCAACACUCCCAGUUGCUACAGAGAGAGUCAAAGGCGGAGUUUUUAUUCAGCAGGUGGAGUUUGUGAAACACAGCAUGCGGUUUUGGAUUCUAGAAGGUAACAAGUUUGCACAGCAGUUGUGUAUUGCAUUUGGUUUCAAUCUUCUUGAUCUUCAUUACCAUAUGAGGCAUGAACUACACAGGCGGGCUACUGAUGGUAUACACUGGGAGCCUGCAGCUGUGCGGUAUAUGACAAAUUUACUUUUGACUCAUAUAGCUCUGAAUUUAGAUGAACCCCUUCCUGGCAAUUUCUCCAGUAAAAGUCUAGACAGAGUAAUAGAAAGUGCUGACAAAGCUGAGGAACCAAGUGAGAUUUUGCUUGGAAAAGAUGUGUUGGAAAUGAUUGCUGAAAAUGAAACUAGUGAUGGGGAGGAUGAUGCUACAGAGAUGAAGCCUGACAAAACUAAGAGAGUGACCAAAAAGGCCAAGCGAAGAAAUUCAAAAAGGAAAAAGGAAGCAGCAGUGAUCAACCAUGGGCAGACAAGACUGAUGGAAGGUAGGGUGGAGGAGGCUAUUGGUAAGGAUGUAAUGCCUCAGUCAUAUAUGGGUGAACAAUUUUCCACUUUCACUGACUGGAACCAAGUUACUAACCCAUACUACUAUUUGGUAAGCUCGAAUGGUGGAUAUGAUAGAUAUGAUUUAACAGACAGGUUGUCACAUUCAUUUAGUUUUAAUCAAAAUAAUCUAAAUGUCUUCAGCAGACUGAGUCAGCCUCAAGGGAGUGUUGUUGAUAAUGCAUUUCAGUCUUAUAGGCAUCAGACCAGAGGGUACACUAGAAAUCAUGGUACAGGUAAUUCCCAAGAUAAUAAUGCUUUUCAAUCAUCUAGAAAUCAGACUUAUUAUUCACAUUACUUCUAAAACUAAGAUAAUUUUGAUCCAUCCUCUUGAUAGAAGGGCAGGAUCAGAAACAGACAUUCUAACUGGCAAAAUUUUACAGAGAAGGCACCUCAUUCAAUUGGAUUUUAGGUCAGUUGAUGUAAAAUUAUUAUUGUGUUCUUGUUACCUUUUGAAAGAUGGCAGUUAAUUCUGGUUAGCUUUUUGGAAUAGUAUUAGUUAUAUUUCCCUAAUUUUUGCAUUUUGGUUUGGUAGAGGGAUUGAGAUUGGUACAUACUUUUGAAUAUAUUUUUGGGAAAAUUAUUAAAAGAAAUAGGCAUGUACGUAUACUGUACGUUAAGUUCUGAUUCUGUAGUUAUUUUUUCAAGUCAGUAAAGAUGGCUUAGAGGCAAGUAUUAAAUCCAUGAUCUUGAUGAGAAUUACUAUGAAAACUCUGUACUGCACUGUAAUGGUGCAAUAUUAUUACUGUAGUAGUAAUAGCAUAAAUUUUGUAAAUUAUGAGACCAUUAUAUCAUAUUUUGAAAAUCCAAUGGCUUGCCAGGAUUUGUUUUUAAUUGCAAAUAUUUCCAGGCUUUAUCAGGUCUGAAUUCUGUGCACUUGUUUAUAACUGUUCUUAUAACAUAAAAAAAAUAUAAAUUAGAUUACUCAGUGUCUUAAAAUAUACUCCAGAGGACUGGAUGUUCAGCAGAUUUCAUAUAAAAUACCCAACAAGUAUCUCAUGACAUACCUCCUCCACUUUUCUUUUACUUACUAAAUAGCCAAGAUGUUAUGCUAUUAUUUUGUAUUUUCACAUAAUUUGCACAUCUUUAUUGAAAAUAAAUCUUAGAUACUGUAGUUUGAAUACUUUAUUGUACAUCAGGACUGUAAGUGCGUAGCCUACUUAUAGCCUAGGCUUUAUAUGUCGGGAGCGGUUUUUAUCAGUUUUGCAUUUUCAGAAAGGUACAAACAGAGCAUGAAUAAAAUCAGGAAUUUCGUAACAGUUUACAUCAGUAAAAAGCAUGAGUAUGCUGACAUGUAUGAAAAAAGUUAGUGAAACCCACAUUCUGAAGUGUUAUUGUUUACAUUCACCAUUUGUUAAAAGUCCAGUGCAUAUUGCACCCAUUAUGUACUAUAGUCAGCGUCCACUAGAUGUGACAUCCGAAAAGUGUCAUAGGCCUAGUCUGAGAUACCACUAGUACACAAUGUUUCCUGACAAAGCAGUUUUAAAGGAAUACUUGGUUUUUGUUAUAAAGUUUACAGUAAAAUCUAUUAGCAUUAGCAGAUCAUACUUCUCUGGUACCUAUUUAAAUUUGUCACAGGGUGGAAGUUAUUGAAAAACUAUUGACAUAUCAAGAUUUUAUAAGUAUAUUGUAAAUUUAUGGGGCCACAGAUAUGCACACGGGAAUGGACAUAAAGAUAUCAGAUGUUCAGCAGGGCAUACCCAUAAUAAAAGCUUUACCUUAAUAUCUCUCUGUUGGUAGAGGGUUACUGCUUAUGGUGUACCUUUCGCUGCACACUUUAGAAGAGACAAAAUGAGAAAGAGAGUGUGUGCUUGUUCUGUUGUUGUCAGCUGCAUUACCUGUAUUAUUUUUUUUAUUUUUUUUUUCUUUACUCUUAGUCAGCUCCUUUGGUCUUUCUCACUUGACUCUAACUACGUUAUUUGGUAAGUUUUUGGAUAGCCCUUGGGCAUCUAGCUUAGCAAUGGAGCUUGGUGGUCUCAUUAAAACUGUUAUGUAAUAAUACCUGUAAAUUCUUCAAACAGUUGAGUUCUUGGAGAGACAGAAUAAAUUUCUCUGUCUGUCUGAUUUAUGGUGCUAUUUUUCCAUCAAAAUUAAACUUGAUUUGACCUGCCGUAUACCAUAAUGCCAUUAUUAUUGCAUUGGUUUUCUUGAGUAAGAGCCUAACCAAAAUUAAAAGCAUUCCUUUGCUUAAAGUACUGCUAAACUGAUUUCUCUUUCACAAGACAAGCUAAACCUUGUCUAAGAUUAACAUUACAUAGGAAAUCUGUUGCAUUGUCUCACAAAAUGGUUGGCUGUACAUCAGCCAUAAAUU